GUUGUGCGCGACCGCUAUUUCGUGCUUUUUUUCCACUAUAUUCAAUGGGCACCAACGUGAAGUAAAAUGAAAAGUUUGUGGAACUUUUAGUUAUCGUCAGGCCAAACGUCGGAUACGUGUUGUCCUCAUUCGACUAUAAAUAACGCAUUGGAGAGCGCACUAUGAGGCCAGUGUGCUGUGGUCUCUCUCUCUGAAGCUCUCUCUGCUAACAGGUGGAUUUCGGAUAUUUCCUUAAGGUAUCUGAGGCCUCAUCAUGCCAGUCCCCCCACCGCCUCCCCUGGCUCCCCUUCCUCCACCGCCGCCCAGCGCUGCCCUGCCACCGUGUCCGUCGGAGCCUCUUAAGCUCCAGUCUGGUGGAGGAGGAGGAGGAGGAGGAGGAGGAGGAGGAGGAGGAGGAAGGAAUGCCCUGUUGGCCGACAUCCAGAAAGGAGCCCGGCUCAAGAAAGUCACACAGGUCAACGACCGCAGUGCCCCCGCCGUCGAUAAGCCCAAGGCCAGCACUGGAGAUGUAUCCAGCAGUGUUACUGCUUCCCAGGGCUCAUCAGGAGGGACGGCACCCAUGGCACCCUCACUGGGUGGGCUGUUUGCUGGAGGGUUCCCCACUCUCAGGCCUAUAGGACAAAGAGACCCAGCCAGCAAGACCCCAGUGUCCCGAUCGAGCUCCUCGGUCUCCGUAAAGCCUCUGUGGAACCCCCCCACGCCAGCAGACACGAGCAGCGUCUCCGAGCCUCACAGGACGGCGGAGCACCGAGGCUCCGUCCACCGUCCGCUCGCGCCCUCGUCCUCUGCACCUCCCUCCCCCUCUCACAGCGGCAAGCACCCACCUUCUUUCCCCGCUUCCUGUCCCCCACCGCCUCCACCCGCCCCGCCCUCUGCUCCGCCCCCGCCUCCCCCACCCCAGGCCUUCCAUGAGCGGCCGGCCAACAGGCCUCCGCCUCCGCCUCUCCCCUCCUGCCCUCCUCCUCCACCCCCGACCCAAGUCACCAAGCCCACCUGGCUGCCCAUCCAGCACUCCUACCACACCAUCAUCUCCCAGCCCUCUACUCCUCCUCCUCCGCCUCCUCCACCUUUCCAGCCUCCCUCUGCUGUUCCAGGAGACCGCUCCUCCGGUUGUUUCUACCCUCUGCCCCCCUCCCCAGUGCACUCUGAACCUUCUAGGUUCACCAUCCUGCGGGACAGCCCACUGGGACCUCCUCCCCCACCUCCUGCUCCCCCUCUACCAGCUUCUUUCAGCCCCAGCUGCCCGUCCACGCUCCCCCCUCCCCCGCCCAAGGUGGCAGCAGUGCCCUCCCCAGCCAUGCGCUCUCUGCCUCCCUCGUACCCCUGCAACGCUCCAACCCGACGUCCGCCUGCUGUGCCCAGAAGUGCAGCUGUGGGUCGGCUGGCUCCUCCCCCAGCUCCCCCUGCACGUUCUCCCUCUACGGAGCUGUCCUGCCGCAUUCCUCCCCCCCCACCACCACCUCCCCUGCCUCCAUUUAGUCUCAGGAAUGGACACCUGCACAGCCUGGCAGAUGAUUUUGAAUCCAAGUUCCAGUUCCACCCCGUAGAGGACUUCCCCCCUCCCGAUGAAUUCAAGCCUUUUCCUCGGAUCUACCCCAGCAAAGAAAACGGAGUGAACCCCAAACCACCUGGGAUUAGGACACACCUCAGAUGAGUCCAGGCCUCACCCUGUCCUUCAUCCCCCCCCACACACACACACAUAUCAGGCAGUUAGACUCAACCCUCCUCCUGCUCAUGACAAUAACAUAACUGUCAUUGGCUUAUUUGGUUGCAGGCUCUGUGUGUAUGUGUUGUUUGUGUUUAGUGUGUGUGUGUAUGUGAGUGUCAAACAGGGUCCCGUCUUAUACUGACUAUGUGACCUCUGACUUUUUCCAGUGUGGAAUGUUUUGAAUGUGUUUGAGGAGGAGGGCUCUCCCUACUCAUGUUACAUUCACACACACACACACACACACACACACACACACACACACACACAGUGUCUUCCAGCAGUUAUAUUUAACAUGACACUUGACACAAUUUGUAAGCAUUUCAAAGAAUAGCAUAUUUUGAUUUGAUGUCAUGAUCUGUCCCUUUAUACAGUAACACUUUCAAAGUCUGCAUGUAACUCAGAAACAUUCUGAAACACACAGAUAGUAAAGCUCUGUGGUCCAGCAGCAACUACUGUACAAGUAGUUCCUCAAGUGCUUGUAUACAAUGACCGUCUGUAUAUAGCCACCGUUAGCAGACUGUAAAACUCAUCUUAAACUGAAUGUGAAACACUUAGAUAUGCUAACCUCGAGGGUUCAUAUAGUGGUGCGCUCCUGUUUGUGUAAUUAUUUUUUUAAAUGCAUCUGCAAAAGUGUUGAGAAUACACUGACAUUUUAGAAGUAUGGAUGAGUUUUAAGUUACACUGAGGUGUUAUGAAUAAUGAAUGAAUGAGGUUUCCUUUCUCACUGUAUUAACAAAUACUGACACCCGUGAAGACAGUGCCACCUGCUGGUUCAAUGUGUACAGUAUUACAAGGUGUGACCACCAAAUAAACCACAGUAUUUUGUUAAGAAUGUUGACUUUAUUGAUCACAUUGGUUGUAAAAUACGUAAAAAUCAACCCUCACCAGAAUGCGUUUACCCUGAAGAACCGUGAGGCUAUAGAAACUGAACCGUCUAGAGAUUCUAGUGUGUGAAACAUCACUUUGUCCUUUCAGAUAAGUAUUCCAUGGAUUGUAGCUCGUAGAGAGAACUAUUCAUAGUUAGAUAACUGAACUGUCCGAGACACAGUAGGCUAAAUUUGUGAAAGAAUGAGAGAUCAUGUAUGUUGCUUAUGAACAGGGCUGAACAAUAUACCCUUUCAGCAUCAACACUGCUGUCUGCAUGUGCAAUGCACCUUUCUCACGGUUGUUCUCACAUGGCAGACAACUGUCUCUAAUAAUAAUAAUAAUAAUGAUAUUGGCUGCAUUCCAUUUAGGUUUACCAGCGCCAGGGCCUGAGUACUGUGUAUGCUGGUUUACUGGAAGAACAGAAUAUGAAACAAGAGGGAUUAUAUUCUUGGUUACACCUGCUUUUCCUGCCAUGUCAAGAUCACCAAAGUUCACAUUUUCAUGACUUAAUUUAAACUCACAAUCUUAUUAUACAAAUAGACUGGUUUAUCGUACAGAAAAAAAGUAAAGCACUACUUAUUUUCUGAUAGACCCCUAAAAAGUUAAACUACAUUGAUCAGGUUAAUUUUUUUAAGUAAAUAAAGACCAAUAAGGGGAAUUUCACAGCCAAAUUUGGUUAUUGUUAUCUACUCACAUUGCCUGCCCACAGCAUGCAUUGCAACUACAAGCGGAGAUGUUUAAAGACAACAUUUUUGUGGCUGCGUCUAUUUAUUUUGUAUAAGGUGCCAUAUUUCUAACGCUUGAUUUUGAAGUAAUCCAGUAUUUCAGAUUAUUCACUUUUUUGGUAAUCCAAUGGAUUACGUUACUAAUGACAGGAAUUGCCAUAUAAUUUGUGUUCAGUAACUGACGACAUUUCAAAGUAAUUUAAACUAACCAUGUAUGAACAGUGUGCUCUUGUAGAAGAAAACACACAAAAAUGCAAAGAAGCAAAACAUCACCGGGACUGACUGGUUGGCCUCCAAGCUUCACACCAGACCAAAACACUGCCUCUAUAAAAGUGAAAUAAUUUGUUGACAAUAAAACUCUGUGCCAAAAAAUGCCCACCACAAAUCAAUGA